GUUCCCACACCAAAUCACACCAACACUCACCUUACACUUCUCCACCAAAUAAUAAUACUACAUUCAUUCUUCAUUUUUCUCUACAAUGGUCUGAAAAAAGUGAAAAACACACCCACCUACACUCGCGUGCGUGCGUGCGUGCGUGUUAUGGGGGCUUCGUUGUCGAAUCUUGGAUCCAACGGUUCAACCAUCGCUCCAAGCCUCGGCGACAUCCCUGAAAACUGCGUUGCUCGUGUUUUUCUUCAUCUUACUCCACCCGAGAUUUGCAACUUAGCUCGCUUAAAUCGCGCUUUUCGCGGCGCUGCUUCAGCUGAUUCCGUUUGGGAAUCUAAGCUACCUUCUAACUAUCAACAUCUUCUAAGGUUAAUGCCUGAAGAACAACGCUGUCGGAAUCUUUCCAAGAAGGAUAUUUUCGCUGUUUUCUCUAAACCGUUACCGUUUGAUGACGGUAAUAAGCAAUUGUGGCUCGAUAGGGUUACUGGUAGGGUUUGCAUGUCAAUUUCGGCGAAAGGUUUGUCUAUUACUGGAAUUGAUGAUCGGAGAUACUGGACUUGGGUUCCUACUGAAGAAUCUAGUAUUAUUCAUUUCAGGUUCAACAUUGUAGCAUAUUUGCAGCAAAUAUGGUGGUUUGAAGUGGAUGGGGAGGUUGACUUUCCAUUUCCUGCUGAUAAUUAUACCCUCUCCUUUAGGCUUCACCUCGGACGGUUUUCCAAAAGACUCGGUCGGCGCGUAUGCAACUAUGACCAGACCCAUGGUUGGGAUAUAAAGCCAGUGAUAUUUAGGUUGUCAACUUCGGAUGGUCAGGAAGCAUCAUCUGAGUGCUGCUUGGAUGAAACUGUGCACGAUGAUACAUACGGCAAUCAUAAGCGUGGAUAUUGGGUAGAUUACAAGGUAGGUGAGUUUAUUGUGACUGGAUCAGAACCUACAACAAAAGUUAGAUUCUCCAUGAAACAGAUUGACUGUACACAUUCAAAAGGUGGCCUUUGUGUAGAUUCUGUAUUUAUCAUACCUAGCGAGUUGAGAGACCGCAAGGGAGGCGGUUUUUUGAAAUGAUCAGACAUAGAAUAGGGAGUUUUUUUUUUUUUUUACCUUGGUGAUGUCAAAUAUCCCAGAAUACUUUGUUGGGAUCUUUUACACAGCUACCUUUGUUGAGGUAAUUUAGAAUGUGGUGGAUAUCAAUUUUUUUUUUUUGGAGUUGCUAUGGCACAUGUGUACUCAAUAGUUUUAUGUAAUCACAAUUUCUAUGUAUUUAAGUCAUUUCCCUGCUGUCUAUAGGUUUGUCAGAUGAAAUUGAUAGAGAAUGAAGAAAACAAGCUUGACCAA